AAGUGCCGCGCAUGGCCGAAGCUCACUCCACUCCACUGGCACCAACCUGCGAUUGGCCUGCGGUGCGCAAUGAUGAUCACUCAUACUCAAUUUCCUUCCUUUUUCAUGCUUUUUAAUCAUGCCUCGUGUCCCCCUUCACCCGUUCGUGGUCCACGGUCCUCUCUCUCACUGUGUCUGCGUAGAUUGCGGAACUCUCGCACUCUCGGCGUGUGCAAAGUGCAAAAGCAGAGUCGGCGAUGCGAAAGAGGGAGGGGGACCAGGGUGCGAGGCUGGAUUAUAGAAUGCGGUGCGUGCAUGUGAGUGGAUUCGACUCAUCAUUUGGCCCACCCCCACAUAAGCUACACAAUCAUCCCAUUCCACGUCUAUUUAUAGACUCGGCCCCGUCGUCUCCACUGCAUCAGGCAGCCGAGCAUGGGUCGCAACCUCAAGAACGCCCUCCUCGCCUUCGUCGCUCCCCUCCCCUCCAUUCUCUUCUACUUGGCCUUCCUCAAACACUCCGGCUCCGUCGCUGCCGGCGAUGGCGGCGAUGGCGGCGAUCGCCUCUCUCCUCUCUGGAGCUGGUGCCUCCACCAUCCUUUUCUCUUGGCCAACGCCUUCUUCUUCCUCAACGUCAACGUCCUCUUCUGGACCAUCAGUCAAAUUCAGUCUAGCCACUGGAUGAUAGAUCCGUACUGGACGGUGAUUCCCGUGCUGCUGACGCAUUACUACGCCACCCACCCUCUGGGGCAGUACAACUGGUGGAGAUCCAGAAUUCUGAUGGCCAUGACAUGGGCGUGGAGCGUGAGGCUCUCCCACAACUACUUCAGGCGAGAGAAAUGGCAGUGGGGUGCUCGGGAAGACUGGAGAUUCACCGAGAUGCGCGCAAAGUAUGGCAAGAACUGGUGGUGGGUCUCCUUCUUGGCCAUCUACGUCUCUCAACAGGUUUUCCUCCUUGGAGUGUGUCUCCCGACGUAUGUAGUACACUCAGUGGACAAGCCCCUGAACGUUUGGGAUUUUUUGGCUGUUCUUGUGUCGGUUUGCGGCAUCAUCGUGGCCUACUUUGCGGAUACUCAGCUUCAUGAUUAUGUCAGUCGAAAUGAGAAGCUGAAAGAACAGGGGAAGCCCGUGGUGCUCAAUCUUGACGAGGGCCUGUGGCGCUACUCGAGACAUCCGAACUACUUCGGCGAGCAGCUAUGGUGGUGGGGACUGGUCAUAUUCGCGUGGAACUUGGGACAGGGAUGGACACUUGUCGGCGCACUGAUCAAUAGUCUCUGCUUAUUCCACGUGACCGGGCUUGUCGAAGAGCGGAUGUUGAAGAAGACUCACAGGGCCGAAGCUUACAGGCAUUAUCAGAAAACUACAUCGGUAUGGAUCCCUUGGUUCAAAGCAUCCGAACAGCCUGGAAAGGACAAGACCAUUUGAUCUUUUUUGUACUCGAACUGUUUGUGGAGACAUGUGUGAACCAGUUUGUGUAAAAUGAAGACCUUCACAUUGUUUCGUACGGUUUUUCUAUCCUUCUAAGGGGUUUCUCUUAUUGGUUUAAUGACCA